AUCUGGCACCACCUAAGUAGCCUAAAGAAAAUAUUGCACGCAGCAAACGACUGGAGAGACUGACGAGGCAGAGGCAGAGGCAGAGGCAGAAGCAGAAGGAGAGGCAAAGGUUUCGAACCUCAAUUGGCAUCUGCACGAAGAGUGGAAAAUUUGCGAGGGGAAAAUCAUCGUUCUCGGAGCCCUCUUCUGAGUGUUUAUUUAAUCUGGAGUUUGGAAGUCUGCAAUCAGGAUUCAAUCUUUUUUUUUUUUGAUUUCUUGGGACGUUGGGAGCCAAAACGGUGCAACGCUUUUUGGAUACCUCCUCUGUGAAACGCCAACAUGGCCAAGAAGAGCCAAAAAGAUACCUCUGGGGUGUUUUUUGACACUCAAUCGAACAUGGUCAUGUCCCAGGGUGGAACAUUUGAACGAAUGAAGGAAAAGAUCAGUGCCGUCAGGGCAGUGGUCCCAAACAAAAGCAACAAUGAAAUAGUAUUGGUGCUCCAACACUUUGAGAACUGCGUGGACAAGGCUGUGCACGCUUUCUUGGAAGGCAACGCUACGGAGAUCCUCAAGGAGUGGAACGUCACCGGGAAGAAGAAGCCCAAGAAGAAAAAGAAGCCCAAGCCCGAGCCCCUCGAGGUCUCCCCCGUGGAGGCCGCCCCAGCAGAGGCCGCCCCGGCGGAGGCGGCGGCGCCGGCGGCAGAGGACAAGGGCACGCUCAACGGUUUCCAUGCCAACGGCUCGGUGUUGGAUGGCGACUCUCUGGAUUCCCUAAGCGAACAGCUGGACACGGCGUCUCUGGACGCAGAUGCCGAGCUGGACUCUGAACCCGCCACGUCUGAAACCCCAGGUACAGACGCAGAGGGUCCCCUCAGCUCCCCCGGCCCCGCCUUUCAGCCGGGAGGGAGGAGCCACCCGGCCCCCAAAGGCCAGAGGAUCCGCUCCAGGCCCAACUCCCACUCCCAGGCGCCCACGGCCCCCUUACCGCUGACCCCCGACGCUGACGGCCUGCGCGGCCCCUUAGGAACCAAGAAGACGGCGACCAACGUGGAGCGCUCUGUGAAGGACCUUCAGCGCUGCAGCGCCUCCCUGACCCGCUACAGGAUGGUGGUGAAGGAGGAGAUGGACACCUCCAUCAAAAGGAUGAAGCAGACCUUCGCUGAGCUCCAGAGCUGUCUAAUGGACAGAGAAGUGACCCUGUUCGGUGAAAUGGACAAAGUCAAGGCUGAGGCCAUGAGCAUUUUGGACGGCCGUCAGAAGAAGGCAGAGGCACUCUGGCGAUUGACGGACAAAUCGGCAUCCAUGACUGAAGAUCAGCUGACAGAACUACGGGCCGACAUCAAGCACUUUGUGAGCGAGCGGAAAUACGACGAGGACCUCGGGAAGGCCGUGAAGUUUACGUUUGAGUUGGAACCCCUGAAGACGAGCAUCACAGAGUUCGGUUCAGUCUACCACCCCAGGACCGACUACUCGAACCGCUCCCGCUGCAGCUCCACCUCCUCCUCUGCCACCACCCCCGCCGAAACCCCGCCUCCCGGCCACACCCCGCCCGCCGGCAGCGAGUACCGCCCUCCGCCCAACAAACAGUCCUUCCAAGGAAACCGGCGCACCUUCCAGGGCCCGGGCUACAGCACCGGGCAGCGGUACAACGGGGGGCCGUACCCGGCCCGCUCCAGCUACAGAUACCAGGGCAGCGGGGGGGGCCAGCAGGGGGACGGCCCCCGCACCGGCGGCCCCGGCGCCGCCUCGCAACAGCCCCGCCCCUCAAGAGGUUAG